AUGGGUGACUGGAGCUUUCUUGGGCGACUGUUGGAGAAUGCACAAGAACACUCUACAGUGAUUGGCAAAGUCUGGCUCACUGUCCUCUUCAUCUUUAGGAUCCUGGUGUUGGGAACAGCAGCAGAGGAAGUCUGGGGCGAUGAACAAUCGGACUUUACCUGCAACACGCAGCAACCUGGUUGUGAAAACGUUUGCUAUGACGAGGCCUUUCCCAUUUCACACAUCCGUUACUGGGUGCUACAGAUCAUCUUUGUGUCUACGCCAACACUUAUUUACCUGGGUCACAUACUGCACAUCAUCCGUAUGGAGGAUAAGCGGAAAGAGAAGGAGGAGGAGCUGAGAAGUGCACAGAGACACGAGGAGGAGAAAGAACUCCUGUAUAGAAAUGGGGAGGGGGGCAGAGGAGAUGGGGAAAAGGAGAAACCAUCAAUCAGAGAUGAGCAUGGCAAAAUCCGCAUCAGGGGUGCCUUGUUGCGCACAUAUGUGUUCAACAUCAUUUUCAAGACUCUGUUUGAGGUUGGUUUCAUUUUAGGCCAGUAUUUUCUCUACGGUUUCCAGCUCAGGCCAUUGUAUAAGUGUGCACGGUGGCCCUGCCCCAACACUGUGGACUGCUUCCUGUCCAGACCCACAGAGAAGACCAUCUUCAUCGUGUUCAUGCUUGUGGUGGCUUGUGUGUCACUUGUGCUGAACUUAUUGGAGAUUUAUCAUCUUGGAUGGAAAAAAAUCAAACAGGGUGUCACCAGUGGAUACAUCCCUGAGCACGAGUCGUUAGCCCACACUGACACGGUUGAGACAGGAGCCAUGCCAUCUGCCUCCAGAACUGACUCUGCAACCGUUAGCUAUCCUCCCGAAUACACCAAGUUGGCAGCAGAGUUCAAGAUUGAUCCUCUGCAUGAGGAGCCAAACUCUUUCUACAUCAGCAGCAACAAUCACAUGCUGGCUGCUGAGCAGAACUGGGCCAAUUUAGCCACUGAACAGCAAACUCUAGAAAAGAAGGCCAUUCCUCCUUCUACUUCCUCCUCCUCCUCCUCUGUCUCUUCCUGUGAUAACGAGCAGCGCCCAAAAGACGCUGCUCCCACUACCAGCAUUCCCAGCUCAAGUGGUGGCAUUUUGAAUAGUGGGAAGUGUGAGCCAGAGGAGAGUCACGUCACCACUACGGUGGAGAUGCACGAGCCACCUAGCAUGUUUACUGACCUCCGAUGCACGAGCAGAGCAAGCAAAAUAAGCAAUGUAAGAGCGAGGCACAACGAUCUGGCUAUCUAG